UGUUGAAGUCAUACGAGCAAAUAUCGACAUCAAUUGAAAACAACCACCGUCAGUACUCACCCAUUUCCCCAAUAAAUUCAGCGUUUGAUAAUCAAUCACGUUGUAGCCAGCACUUGCAUAUUCUUUCCCUUUGGCAAGUGCAAUCUAAGAAAGAGCUAACAAACAAAACAUGGGUUCUUUGGGCACAAUCAACAACAAGCCUCAUGCUGUGUGCAUACCGUACCCGGCACAAGGCCACAUUAACCCGAUGCUAAAACUAGCAAAACUCCUUCACUUCAAAGGCUUUCACAUAACCUUUGUUAACACUGAGUAUAACCACAAACGUCUUCUCAAAGCAAGAGGCCCUGAUUCCCUUAAUGGUCUCUCUUCUUUUCGCUUUGAAACCAUUCCUGAUGGUCUACCUGAGACUGAUCUGGAUGCCACACAGGAUAUUCCUUCCCUGUGUGAGGCCACUAGAAGAACUUGCUCCCCUCACUUCAAGAACCUCCUUACUAAAAUCAAUAACUCUGAUGCCCCUCCAGUGAGUUGCAUUGUCUCGGAUGGUGUCAUGAGCUUCACUCUUGAUGCUGCUGAAGAAUUGGGUCUCCCCGAGGUGCUGUUUUGGACCACUAGUGCAUGUGGGUUCAUGUGUUACGUGCAAUAUGAACAACUCAUUGAAAAGGGCCUAACACCCCUCAAAGACUCUAGUUAUAUCACAAAUGGGUAUUUGGAGACUACAAUCGAUUGGAUACCAGGAAUUAAGGAAAUUCGGUUGAAGGAUCUUCCCAGCUUCAUUAGAACCACAAAUCCAGAUGAGUUCAUGCUUGAUUUCAUACAGUGGGAGUGUGGGAGGACUCGAAGAGCUUCUGCAAUAAUUUUGAACACCUUUGAUGCCUUAGAGCACGACGUUUUGGAAGCGUUCUCGUCCAUUUUGCCUCCGGUUUAUUCCAUUGGUCCUUUGAAUUUACUCGUGAAACAUGUUGAUGACAAAGACUUAAACGCAAUUGGGUCCAAUCUUUGGAAGGAGGAGUCUGAGUGCGUGGAGUGGCUUGACACAAAAGAGCCCAACAGUGUCGUUUACGUGAAUUUUGGUAGCAUCGCGGUUAUGACAAGUGAGCAAUUGAUUGAGUUUGCAUGGGGUCUUGCUAAUAGCAACAAAACCUUUUUAUGGGUCAUAAGACCAGAUCUUGUGGCGGGCGAAAACGCUCUUUUACCUUCAGAGUUUGUGAAACAAACUGAAAAAAGAGGACUAUUGUCUAGUUGGUGCUCCCAGGAACAAGUGCUGACUCACCCUGCAAUUGGGGGAUUUUUGACACACAGUGGUUGGAAUUCAACGUUGGAAAGUGUAUGUGGAGGUGUUCCAAUGAUAUGUUGGCCUUUCUUUGCAGAGCAACAAACCAAUUGUUGGUUUUGUUGUAAGGAGUGGGGGAUUGGGUUGGAGAUUGAAGAUGUUGAGAGGGACAAAAUAGAGAGCCUUGUGAGGGAGUUGAUGGAUGGUGAAAAGGGUAAGGAGAUGAAAGAAAAAGCUUUGCAAUGGAAGGAAUUGGCAAAAAGUGCUGCUUUUGGCCCUGUUGGAUCUUCAUUUGCUAAUUUGGAUAACAUGGUUCGUGAUGUUCUUCUGGGCAAAAAUGUUAAAUAUUCGUAUUAGAAGAACUCAAAUAUUUUAACUUACUCCAUUGUUGUGUGAAGACUUUUUUUUUUAAUAACCUUUUCUUCAUGGGAAAUGAAAUGUACCAAGUACCAACUUAUCAUUUGUUUAUUUCUUUUUCCAUUUAUCUCAACCUUAAUUGAAAUAUGAAAAAUAA